ACGUCGCUAGAAUACUGUAGGUACUUACAGACUAAGUUGUUUUUAAAACUUAGUUCUUUUAUUUAUGCUAAAUGACAUAUUUACUGAAGAUUGGCCACAACAGUCUCUUGUGGGAAACAAGAAAGCAACGUCUUCAGUCAUGAAAGGAUUCAGUCACUUUCCUUGAAGGUGGUGCUGUAGUAAAAAUGUUAAUGCCCAAUUUCGCAUCGGCUGACACAGAAGUCCUAGGACAGAGUUGGUACUUGCGUCGUGUUCAGUGCAGAUGUCCGUCCAGCCUCCGAAGAGAAAAGGAUGUGGAUUCAUAAUGGGGAGGGAAGAAGCAUGUCCCGUCUGUCUCUAACACGGUCCCCGGUUUCUCCUCUGGCUGCUCAAGGAAUUCCUCUCCCAGCUCAACUCACCAAGUCGAACGCUCCCGUGCACAUCGAUGUAGGAGGACACAUGUACACCAGCAGCCUGGCUACCCUGACCAAGUACCCAGACUCCAGAAUAAGUCGUCUGUUUAAUGGCACAGAGCCUAUUGUCUUGGACAGUUUAAAACAACACUAUUUCAUUGAUCGAGAUGGAGAAAUUUUCAGAUAUAUAUUAAGCUUCCUAAGGACAUCUAAACUACUGCUCCCAGAUGACUUUAAGGACUUUAAUCUUUUAUAUGAAGAAGCAAAGUAUUACCAGCUGCAGCCAAUGAUUAAGGAACUUGAGCGAUGGAAACAAGAGAAAGAACAAAGGAAACAUUUCCAGCCUUGUGACUGCUUGGUUGUAAGAGUGACUCCAGAUCUGGGGGAGAGAAUUGCAUUGAGUGGGGAGAAGGCUUUAAUAGAAGAGAUCUUCCCAGAGACUGGGGAUGUCAUGUGCAACUCUGUAAACGCAGGCUGGAACCAGGACCCAACCCACGUUAUCAGGUUUCCCUUGAACGGAUACUGCCGGUUGAACUCAGUGCAGGUGCUUGAAAGAUUAUUUCAGAAGGGAUUUACCGUGGCAGCUUCCUGUGGUGGUGGGGUGGAUUCCUCUCAGUUCAGUGAAUACGUGCUGUGUCGCGAAGACAGACGACCACAACCCACCCCAACAAUCAGAAUAAAACAGGAGCCCCUGGACUAGACCCUCCCUGUACCCCCUUUGUAACCGUAGAAGUGUUUAAUAGUCCCUUAUGUGAAACACUAAGGAUUUGCAAAACAGUAUUAGCAAACAGACUUUGACUUUAUGUUGCCAAUUAGUGGUAUUCUGAAACUACCUGUCACAUAGCCAGCCACGAAAUGCAUUUGAGAAGCCAGUUGUCCGUUUGUCACGGUGGAGUUCCCGAGUGCUCAGCACAGCAGGUCUCUGGGAUGGACUUUGGCUCAACAGCACUGCUGUGGAACAGGCAAAGCUUUCUAACCCCCUGACCCUGCACUGGACUGGACUUCUGCAAAGACCAGUUAAAGCAGUGGGAUGGAUCAGCAGGAGCUGUGGUUCUGCCAGCCUUCCCAGGGACACCCCAGUGCUGUGACACGUGGACGUCUGUGAGAGGAAGAUGGAACGCUAAAAACUGCACUGAGACUCUUCCCUGACUGCCACACCUCCAUAUCAGACGUGCUUUACACCUCCAGGCACCACGGGGCACCUCUGUGAUUGUACUCACCCACACUAGCAAAUGGCUUAUUUUUAUACGACAUUUCCAACUGAAGUCUCUCUCUGUGGACAGGAUCCAGAAUCAGAAAAGGACCAAUUUAUAGUCAACUGGUGCUCAGUACUAAAAACCCCACACAAACCAAACAAAAAAAGUGACAAAAAGUUAGAGAAGGCCGAUUUUUGCAACAGUAGGGAUCUGGAAGCACAAAAUAAAAUGCCAUCCACCAUCACACAAGGGUCACAUACCCGACACGGAGCUGUAGCUCUCUUGAAGCCAGUCUUGUUUUGACACAGAAACUGUUUAUAAGUUUUGCAUCAUCAAAGAAACGUGGUUCUGCCAAGCAAGCUCUGCCACCCCUCGUUAAUCAUUUACUAACCAUGUUAGAAGCCCACAUUUAGGAGGAAAGUGUAAGAAUUUUGGACAGGCCUAACUGUUUAUGGGUCUGGAAUUCUUGCAAAGAGCUGUUAAAACACUGUACUGCCACUGUCGGAUGAAAGCAGGCCACCUUUGGUUUAAAUUGUUUUAUUAAUUUAAAUUAUUAUUAAAAUAUUAGUUCUGUAGCCGCCCUCUAUCUGUGUACCUUUCUCUGUAACGAAGUCAGGGGUCUGCAGGAGGGUCCUGCUACUGCCAGGAAUUGGCAUCGACUCCCAGGGCUCCCUAACUCAGGAGGCAGCGCCGCGUUCGCAGGCGCGAGGUUAUAAAUAGCAUUCUGCAAAAUCCUGUUUGUUGCUGUUCAGCAUGAUUGGGUCCUCAAUAACUAAUUCAUGUGUUCAUCACAAUUUAGUUUCUCCCACAUUAAUUUAUAGAAUACUGUUGUAGAUGCUGAAUUUCAAUUAAACUCUUUUUAGAUGCCUAAAUACGGCCAUAUAGAGCAAGGGAGAGAGUAUUAGGUGGUCGACAGUUCUUCAGUGCCAGUUGUUUGCAAUCAGGCAAAAUUUAAAAAGUCACAUUUAAGACUAAUAUUUUCAAAAGCGAUGAGCUGUACUGACUAUCCAAGGAACAAUCUAGGCAGGGGUCUAAUUUUUGGAAAAGGGCUGGAUACCUGUCCAUGGAAAAUCAGACCUCUGCAGGUUUCCUCACCUUGGUCACCCAACUCAGAAAUCUCUGAUGGCGAUCCUGGCCGGUUGGCCUGCUACCUUAGCAGAACAGUUGAGCAAAUCUGUCUACUUUAAGAGUUGUAAAGUUAUUUUAUUUUGUGGUUUUAUACUUGUACGACAUUCUAAAGUCGCUAGGCAUUGCCAUAUUUGAAUAUAUGGCACAACAUUCACCUUUGUAUGUAAGAUAUCUGUAGAAUUGUAUAUUAUACAUUUAAUAUUGUAAAGAACUUAACGUAUAAUUGUCAUGUAUUUGUGUAUGCACAUUUCUUAUACAGUACUUCAUGCCAUAAACAUUUCUGUAAAGUAAACGAACAAAAAUAAGCACGUAGGGUGGAACACUCACUGUAUCUCCCAUGUUGUUUGAAAGAGGUGAGAAUUUUUGAUUGUGUCUUCUCCAGCCUUUAGCUCCAUUCAGCUUGAUGUAGCCAUGUCUCACAGAAAGGAAAAAAAAAGUCUUUUUAUUUAUUACUUUCAUACAUUGAGUUCCCUUUCAGUCCAAAGUAUCCUUAACUAAUCUGUUCAGGUUCCUGUUUUUCCUGUAUCCACCCUGCCGCCCUGACCAGGGUGAGAGGCACUCGCAGCGGCUCUGGCAGCGCAUCCCCUCCUGUUCUUACCUCAGCCAGGGAGCAAAGGGGACCCUCCAGGGGACAUUGGAUCACAGGGGCCCAAUCCUGCCCCUGGUGCUCGGCCAGGCCUGCCCAGCUCCGCAGGGCUCUCUGCCCGCAGGACCGGGCGCUGAGCACCCGUGGGCAGCUCUCACGGCACCGGGGGGGAUGAUGCUUCUGGACACGUGUAGGACAUUGGAAGUAUUUGUGGUUGGUUUUUCCUCAGUUUGGUGUUUACUGUGUUUUUUUUAUGGCUCAAUGAAGCAGCUCCAGUACUUGGGGCAGCUUUGCUGAGGUGGCACUGGAAAGGGUUCCAGGCUGCACCAGCCGAGUUAAAUGUGAAACUCGAGACGGAAAGUUUGAACCAUGACAUCACAGCAUUGACUGCAAAAUAGCACCAAGGCAAGGAAGACAUGUGGAAACAAUCAAUUUCUUAGAAGAAAAAUGCCUUUAAAAAAAAAACUGUUAAGCUAGGACAUGUUCUUUUAGUUAGUAACUUCAGGUCACUUAUUUAAAGAUUAUUACAGUUUCAUUUAUAUCUUUUUUUACUUAUUUCCCUGUAUGUUUAGGCAGCAAUAUCAACGAAAACUGAUUUGAAUUUUUACUUCUGGCCUUAAACCAUAGUAACGCAACUUAAUGAAGAACACUGCUCAGCUUGGCUAAGAGAGGUUUCAGAAUGCCACAGCCACUGCAGCGAGGCCCUGUGUGUGCAGCCAGCAGAUGUUUCUGCUGCGGAGGCCGAGGAGCUGAGCCUGGUUUUUGCCUAAUUCGAUUGAACCCAACUGUUCUGAUUCGCUGUUGCCGAGCACUGACCCCGUGGCCCCACAGGCACGAGCCCUCCCCAGCACUUUGCCAGCGCAGGCAGAAAGGGAAGGAGAAUGUUCUGUUGUGCUUAUUGGACUCGUGGCUCCCCAGAAAGCAACUGCUGAGUGCAUCCAUUCUCUGUGCUAAUGGCAUCGAGGUUUGUUGACAAUUUUAUUAGAUGUUUCACAAAGGAUAAGAAUCAGCACAACAAAACAUUGAAGUAUUUGGGUUUUGAUAUUUCUUCGUGGGUAUUCUGUUAAUAUUUUGAUGCAAAAUGUUUUCUGACCAGUGCUAAAGAACUACAAGACAAUGUGAAAUUCAUGUUUGAUAAAUUAAUACUGUAUGUCACUCGAUGUGUUACUUUAGUAAAUUGUUUUAUUUCUUUACAAAAUAAGUACAAAUAAGGGAGUAUGUUUUCACACAAAUUGGGGGUAUUUACGAGUAUGUACAGAAAUCAUCAAAAUAACGUAACUCUAAUAAACACAAGGCCUUUAUAAACAAUAUGUACAAAUUAUCAAUACAUUUAAAACAUAACUUUACACUUCCUGGCCUUAAAUACCUUAUGAAUAAUCUUUUGGCUAAAUAGCAGCAGUAUAAAUUUUCUUCUGCUUUUCAUAAACCUUAAAAAAUAAUUAAAACCUUUGUUUUUAAAACUAUUGGACAAAUAGUUCUAUUUGUGCUUUUGCUAUGGUUUCCCAUCAAAAAAAAAAAAAUAUUGCCUCAAAAAAGUGGCAAGCAUAACAUAGUAAAAAUGGAAAAGAUAAAUAAGCAAAUGUCUCCCUUCCGUGGUGACUGGUAACACUGUUAAAAGUCUGAAAUACAACUUGUGCCCACCUGCCUGUGACUGCUCCUCUCCGAUCCCCAUUUAAAGACUCACACUUGACCUCGCUCGGCUUUGGUGUGGGCCCAGAAUUCCGCUUCAGCAAAGCAUUUAAAAAGCAUUCCUCCCACCUUUUAGCUACUUACAACUAUUCCUUAUGCUUAAAGCCUGUUCAUGAGCCCCCCGGGACUGGAAUCCAAGGCAUCGCCACCCCUGGUGGCACCGGGAUUCUCACCAGUCCCAGAGUGGAACCGACCUCCAAAAACCUUUAGAGCGGCUUUAAAAAUCCAUAUAGAAUACUCUAAAAAUCUUUACUGAACAAUACUCUCUUUUAAAACCACCAUUAAACCAUACUCUUUGCAAUAAAUAAAUUAACAUCUUUUAGAAAAUAAAACCCAACUUUGAAUCAUGUUACUAACCAGCUGCUACAAAUGCACAAAAGGUCGAAGGGGUUUAGAAAACAACUGGAAGCUAGUCAAGGUAACUCAGCUGAGACCCAAGCACACAGACUUCAUACACUUAGGAUUUGGUUCAGCAAAUGGCUCAGGAAAUGAGCUGUGCAGUA